AGAAAUAAUUUAUAUGGCAAAACUACAUUUGCCGGGUCAGCUUGUUAGUUUCUAAAAGCCCAAAUGGAUACGUAAAUAGCCGAAGUUUAAAUUGGCCGUGGCAGUCUUAAGUGCAUCAUGGAUCACCGGUUUUGUUUGGCUAUUUCCGUAUCCAUUCGGUCUGCCCUGCCCCGGGUCAGUUCUAGAUGCCGGAAACACUAUUAGUUUUAUCUUUGAUGAAUGGAAAACAAACUGCCUGAAAAGUGAAUAAACAUUUGGAAUAAAUCAGUAUUUUUAUGACCUUGCACUAAUAUUAUGCCUAUAGAGAAAGCAUUAAAAGAAUAUACUGUCUGUUGGUUUGACAUUCAUUACUUUGUUUGACAUUUCACAAUGACAUUGACAUUUGUCACUUUAAUUGAUGAGUGAUGACAGAUAAGCUCACCAGUGAUUCGUGUUCGGUGUUCGGCUUUUCGGAAAAGAAAAUUUUAUAUAAAAAUGCGAAAUUAACUGAGAUUAUUUAACAUAAAGAUAUUCAUAAAUAUCAAUAAAGAUUAAACAUUCCUAAAACAAUCGAAUAAUGUCUGCUUGAUUUAAAAAUAUUCCAAACUUAGGUUACGGAAGCAAUUGUUAUUCAUUAGUUAAUAUUUGCUAAACGAGUAGAUAAUUAUCAUAAAUAAUACACCUAAUUAAUUCCCUAUAUUCGGACACAAGUGUCUUCAUUCAUACUAAGCUCCAACCGUAGUUUGUUAGCACGUAAAAUAAUUGAAAUUUUUUUCGUAAAAAUAACCAAAAUCCUUUAAAAUGCAUGUAUUAUCCUACGUUAUAGUGCCUUUUUACAUCAUUCUGUACCUGCUCCUCGGAGCUUCAAUCACAGCUACAAUAUUCUUCAUUCAUGUGAUUAUUGUGCCUUUGGUGUUCAAAUACUCCAAGACAUUCCAAAGAGGAAUUAUAUUUUCGAAUUUCUUACCGGUGUUUAGAGAUCUGGAAGACCCUGCUUCCAGCGGUCUGGAUGGAGCGCGGAAUCUCUAUAUAGAAUUCCAGUCAAAAGUUGACAACUGUCGGAUAAAAAUUGGUCUCUGGCAUAUACUACCAAAGAGUGUGAACGAAAGACUGAAGACAAAGUUACAACAGACUGCAGACAAAGAGGAGUUAAAUUCUAUAUUUGAUGAGGCGCUGGCCACAUCUAAGACACCUAUAAUUUUGUAUGCUCAUGGCAACGCAUUAGCCAGAACUGCCCCGCACCGGGUGUUGUUGUACCAGUUAUUCCAGAAGUUGGACUAUCACACUAUCGCUUUGGAUUAUAGAGGGUACGGAGACUCUACCAACGUAAAUCCCUCGGAAGAUGGAGUGGUUGAAGAUCUACUGAUGGUAUACGACUGGAUCCGGACUAUCAUAGACAAGAGUGACAGCCCACCACCUGUGUUCGUUUGGGGACAUUCUUUGGGUACGGGCAUAUCAUCACAUCUCCUAGGUAACCUAGACACACUGUGCUCUAGUCUCCUAGACCGGCCACUGCCGCAGCCCCAGGGCUUAAUCCUGGAGGCACCUUUCACCACCCUGGAGGAGGAGGUGGCUAACUAUUGUGUUACACCGCUGGUAACCUGGCUGCCAUACUUCAACUACUUCUUCCUCACGCCGUUCGUGACGCGUCGCCACGCCUUCAACACGGUCGCAAAUCUCGCGAGAUCGACUGUACCGAUUUUGAUAUUGCACGCGCGAGAUGAUAUUAUUGUGCCGUAUGCGCUGGGAGAAAAGUUGUACAAGUCAGUGAAACAGUCCCGCGGCGGCGCCGUGCUCAUGCACUCGUUCGACCGGAGAGAGAAUUUGGGACACAAGAUGAUAUGCGCAGCCGAAGGACUGGAUAAGAUUGUCGGGGACUUCAUAACGGACCAUCAAUAGAAAUUAAUCUCACUUAAAUUUAAUUAACUCAAUCGGUCGCUGACCGCUGUUAAGCA